AUGAAGAAGCUAGAGGAGCUCCAAAAGGUUGUCGACGCCCAAGCCGAUCGGAUUUCUCUUUUAGAAACGAACGACAUAAAACGUAUGCGAGAAUUACACAAUCUUAAAGACACUGUAAACAACCAAAGGAAACACAUUUCCACGUUGGAGAAACGACACAGGGACUUAGAAUCUAUCGUGACCGCUCAAGCCAAGGACCUUGUGAGGCAAACAGAACUCGGGGAUGAAAACUUGAUAAAGAUCUCCGUAUUACAGAAAAGACAACAGCUCUGUGAAAACCCCGAUACUACAGCCGCAUCCACUAAUGACAUUGCUACUGCUUUUUAUGCUUAUUUAUCGAAUAACAUAAUUUCUCCUGGCGGGCAUCACAUCUUGACUUUCGAUACCGUGAUCACAAAUACUAGAAACGUCUACCACCCUACCUCUGGUACGUUUAUUGUUCCCCGGUCUGGUCUCUACGUGUUUACCUGGACAAUUAGAAUGAAUGGACAAGGCUCCCAGUCAACUGAACUUUUAGUAAACAGCAAUGUUGUUGGAAUCACUUUCUUUCAUCCAGGCAAUGUUAUAGAUGGUAGUGUUUCAGGCACUAUUGUCGUGCAUGUUAAUCAGGGAGAUGAUGUGCUUUUAAGAACAUCUGCGUCCAUUCAUUCCGGCGGCAUACUUAGUGAUUCUAACGGAAGGUCAUGGUUUGCUGGUUGGGCUUUGAUGUAA